CGGAAGCCAUCUUUCUGUUGUUAGCGUGUCAUUACUUGAGCAGUUGCACCGCUCGCUCGCUUGCUGUAGACGGUGGAGGGAAGCUAGCUAGCUCAGUUAGCUUAGUGUGCGUUUAAAGGAUAGUUUACUGAAGUUAUUCCUUUUUCAUCAUGGCCUACCAGCUGUACAGGAACACGACUCUGGGAAACAGCCUCCAGGAGAGUCUCGACGAGCUCAUACAGACUCAGCAGAUUACUCCUCAGCUGGCUCUUCAGGUCCUCCUCCAGUUUGAUAAAGCGAUCAACACAGCGCUCGCCAACCGAGUCCGCAACCGGGUCAACUUCAGGGGCUCUCUGAACACCUACCGGUUCUGCGACAACGUGUGGACUUUCGUCCUCAACGACGUGGAGUUCAGGGAGGUGACGGACCUCGUCAAGGUGGACAAAGUCAAAAUCGUCGCCUGCGACGGAAAGAGCGAGUCGACCCAGAACAAGAAUGACAAAUAAAUCCGAUGCUGCCGAGUGACGUCUGUGUGUGUCGCUGUCGGAUGGACCUGGACUGUACAUAUAAUUUAUUACAGCAGAGUCGUGUGUGUGUGUGUGUGUGUGUGUUUUGUAUUAUUAACAGUUUACAGGAGGUUUGUGUUCAGUCUGCUGUUACUAUUGAGCUGUAUCAUCUUUAAUAAAAACUUUAUUUAAAAGGUU